GUGACCCUCUUCGUCACAGUUCCUGCAUAUGAUCUUGCGCUCCGCCGUGCAUUCCUUGGCGCCUGGUUACUGUCAGCUUGUUGUGACAAUGUUUCCUCUGGGUUUUGGUUGCUCACGAUGACCCUCUUCGCCGCAGUUACGGCAAAGCUCAGGCUCACGGUCAGGGCAGUCUUUGGAGAAGUGGCCCAUUUGAUUGCAGUUUCUGCAUUCGACGUUGUCCGGGUUUGGCGGCUCGGGACUGCGUGCAAGUCAGUAAGGUAUCUAGUCAAUCAGCGCAACUUCGACAUACCACUCCUUGGCGAUGUGGUCUUCGGCGCCGCAGUUACGGCAGCCCUUCUUGCCGCUCUUGCGAGGAGCCUUACAGUCACGAGCGUAGUGGCCGGUCUCAUUGCAGUUGGCGCAGGUGAUGGUUGGCUUGUCAAACUCGCGACGCUCCUCCGUGCAACGCUUCGACCCAUGUCCGAGUCCUUGAUCACCAUCAGCAAAACAGUCAAACAGCGUAGGGCAAUCGAAUCUUACGGUUGCAGUUCGAACAUUCUGAAACAAGCACGAACCCAGCAGACUCCAGGCGCUCGUUGUUCUCCUCUGGACUUUUCGGCCAGCCCUCCGCGAAUUUGGCGCGACGUGGCUCUUGCGUGAACUGGAUGGAGAUGACGUGGGUCUGAUCCGGCUUGCCUUGCAAGUUGACGAUCGUGUGAGUAUCGGAAACCUCUUGCUGCUUGGCGAUGAGGUA